CCAGCCAGCCAGCACAGCUCGCGUGCAGCCGUGCCACCAGCCACCACAUGCGCCUUGACCUGCCUUGACCCCUGCCGCACUCGCUUUCUUGACGCGGUCCGAGCGGCCCUGGGCAAAACCCAGAAAUAGGCAAACAGUAGGCGCCCUGUAUGUAGAGACCUAACAGAAAAGUCACAGACCACGCAACACAGACCGACACUCGCACCGAAACCACUUCACAGAUACAUGCGCCAUGAGCGCGGGCUCAGAAAGCACUGAUGCUGUGAGCUAGAAAGCGGCACCCUGCGCUAGAGCGCUACCUAGCUACAUAGGUUGAUGUGGGUUCAUUGCAACGCUUCCAUAGCAAGCGCACCUGAAUGCGAGGGCCGUUAGGCGUGGCGGGAGUAGAUGCGCGCCUCAUCCGUCUUACAGAGCCCAGGCAGCGUGUCAUCAGAUCGUUCUGCUGGGCCCAGCUUGCGAGCCGUUCAAGCACCUUGCUAUACCUGGAUAGUAUUCAAAAUCACAUACAUUGUAAGGAAACUGUAAGGAACCAUUCACAUCACCCGCAAUAACAGUAUCUGUCUCAGCGCUGCCGCGACGAUGGCCCUUCAAGCACGCUGACAUGGCACCAACUCCUGAUUCCGGCAAACAUUGAGCUUGAUACAGAUUUAGUCUUCUGGACAAACGCUCAGGGACUUGGUCAAAAGUUGCGCAAAGCGCGAUGACGAGCAUGCAAAACGAGGGGGAGGCUCCUAUGCCGGGAUGCCUUUGCUUCAGGCCCCGCCGGCCCAAGCCCAAGUCACUUGCCGUGCCCGCAACGGCUCCAGCCCCGGGCACCGCACAGCCGGCAGAUGCGGGCCGCGGAGUGGUUGGACCUGUUGCGGAUCCCGCAGCUGCCAGCGCGCCAGCUACUGCUCCAAAUCCCGAUUUGGCGCCAGCAGCUUUGACACCACCCAGUACAGCACAGCAGCUUGAGGCACCAGCCCUAGCUUCCACGCAGCCUCUUGACGGGACCUCCAGCCCCGAGCCGACACCAGCAGCAAAUACAGGCUCGGAAGUUGCCACCGCUACCGCGGAAGCGGCAGGGACAAACGCACAGGCGCCCUAUGCGGAGCUACUGCAGGUGGAGGCGCGUGCGGGGUCCGCCUCUUCGACAUCGUCAGCCUACUACUCUGCCGGAGGGUGGUCCCACUUUGACGAAGAGGGCGAGUGGCUGGGGCCCCCAGCUGGCCGCACGCAUUCUGCUGAGUCUGUGGACCGACGGGCUCGCAGCCAGGGCCUCAGCAUUAGUGGUGCAGGGGCAGGGGGCGGCGCGCUGGCCUCGCAGGUGGCCGCAAAUCGACCGACCGCGCCGCACCACGGCUUGCACCCGCAGCACCAGCUGCCACCUCCGUACCAGACCCUGCAUCCGCACGCCCAUGCACAUGCCCAUGAACCAGGACACCCCGCGCAAGCGGCGUCAGCAAUUCUGGCCGCGCCGCAGAACGGCCACGCAGCAGCAGCACCAGCAACAACCUCUGCGGCUGUGGCGGCAGCUGCAGCUGCUUCACCUAAGAGCGUCGCGUCAUCGGUGAUGGUUGUGGCUGAGGCAAGCAGCCGUGCAGUUGCAAUGCCGCUGGUGGAGACGGAGGGCUUCCCGGUGCCGCCGCCCGAGACGCGGGAGGCGUUGUUGGACAGGGUCACGGAGCUGUAUGCGAUCCAGGGCCGGCCCUGCAAGGCGUGCCAGGUGCUGUUGCAGUACUGCAAGGCCAACGACCUCAAACCCGACACGCUUCACCCCGACCUUAAAGCGCGGGACAUGCCGGAUGCGGACGGGCUGGCCAAGGUGGUGCAGGGUGUGACGGAUGGCCUGGAGGAUCUGGCUUCAGACGAGGGCUGGCAGCUGGUGCGCGAUGACGAGCUGCGGCUGCUGUACAAGGCGGUCCCCAAGUCCAAUGUGCACUGCUUCAGGGCGCGGUGCAUCCUGGACGCGCCCACCGAGCAUCUGGUGGCGCUGUCGCGAGAAGUCGACCUUUGCCCUACCUGGAACAAGUACUGCACAUCGGCGCACGUGCUGAAGGAGGCCAGCCCCACAGACGUCACGGUGUAUAUGUCGCUGUACGUGCCGUGGCCCUUCAACGACGUGGGAUUCGUGGUGGAGGCCAACGGGGCGGACCUGUACGAGGAGGAGGGCCGCCUCAUCAUCGCCUUCGCCAGCCCCGACAGCAAGGAGUCGGGUGUGCAGCUGCCUGCGGGCGCUGAGAAGCACCGCAAGGUGAAGCUGCUGCGCCCUAGCUGCAUGUCCUUCACGCCGCUGCCGCCCAAGACCCCGGGCGGGCCGCAGCGCACGCUGUGUCAAGUGCAGACGUACGUUAACCCCGGCAUCUCCGUGCCCUCCUUCAUCAUCAGCUUCGUGCUCAAGGUGCUCAGCCCCUUCGUGUUUGGGGCCGUGCAGAAGGUGCUGGCGUCCGCCUUCAAGUCGCCCACAGGGCCGCUGCCGUCGCGGCUCCAGCAGCGCGAGCUGUUGUACGGCCUGGUGAAGCGGCGCACUGAGGCCUACCUCGCCAAACAGCAACAGCAGCAGGACCAGGUGCCGUAGCAGCAGGACCGGGUGCCCUAGCAGGACGGUAGCCGGGUUAGUGGCCGUGGUGGCACAUGUGAGACUUCGGUAUGGAGACCUGGCGCAGGCAAAUAAAUGUAUGUGAAGCUGUGCGGUGAACCCGAAGAUAGCAACGAUGGAGUUAUGCAUAAUGAGCGGUCGAUGCGAUCACGGCAAGACCAUUAUUGUUGUGUCUUGUAUAAGAUUACUCGUACACGUCGUACUUAAAUGCCUGAGCGCUUUGUGCCAAACCCGGCUAUAGCGAAUGUGAAAGCGUGACCAAGUGAGGGAGUGGUGCAGCAUGCUCAUGACAGGAGAGACGCUUGAGUAUAGGCGAGCACGAGAUCAGGCGCUCUGUGACCGGAGGGAUAACCAUUUCUCUUGUGACCGAAGAGAUUGCAGUGAGCUUCGCUUAUGUGGUGGUGCUGUGGCACAACCUCGAAGGGUCUGUAAGGGCCUGUACAUACCGGUAGGUGUGGACAUACCUGUGCGUGUGGUGGCUGAUGAGAACCUUAGGUGGGGAGUGAGGGCCUAGAGGUCGGGACGCUGGAAUCCGUACGCAGCAGCUCGUGUCAGGCGGUGCAGAUUGUAGUGGGUUCUUUCUUCUCCAAGGUCUGUGUACGCCGGGUCUGUCCAGCGUAAGCUGCACACGACGCUGUGGCAUCCUCCUGGAGGCCCUAUGGAGCCAGAGGAUCUCCUAAGUGCACGGUUGGCUGCUCGCUGUCAAGUAUGCGGAGCUUUGAGACAUGAAAUGUGGCCUUUGUACUGCCCGUCGUGCUGCCUGUGACGUGGGCAUGGGCAUGGACUCGCUGCCGCGCAACAGGGCUCGUUAUUGCCCCGCGACAGUUGUUGGCGGCGGGGUGGCGGUGAUUGCGUCAUUGGGGUGGUCACCCCUGCUGCCGCACGCGCUACCGCUAUGGCCGCGUGUGACCGCUGCAAAGCCGCAUUCCCUGAUUCCCGGUGCAAGGCCCCCCUGAGCCCUUACAAGGUUGUGGGUGAGAGACUCAGGCCCACCCGGCCUCCACAGCUCCUCUGGUCCUGACUGUCCUCGCAAAGUGCAUCCAGUCACGCCAUGCUGCUGCCUUCGCCAGUCUGGGUAGACAUACUGAAGUAAAGGCUGUAAAGCCCCAUGAAG